AUGCAGAACUAUGGCCUGAUCAGAGAGGGCGCAGGCAAUGCGGUGCUGCGCGCAAUUCCUCUCCCCAAGCUCCGGGAUGAUUACCUCCUGGUCAGAACGGUCGCCGUCGCUCUCAACCCCACAGACUGGACCACGCUCGAUGCCGACGGCGACGACGGCACCAUUGUGGGCUGCGAUUACGCCGGGGUUGUAGAGGAGGUGGGCAAAGCAGUCACGAAGGCGUUCAAGAAGGGGGACCGGGUUGCUGGGUUCUCACACGGAGGCAACGAUGCACAUCCCGAAACUGGCGCAUUCGCCCGGUAUAUCACGGUCAAGGGCGAUACUCAGAUGCACAUCCCAGCCGGCGUGAGCUUUGAAGCUGCUGCUACGGUCGGCGUAGGGAUUGGCACCUUGGGAUAUGCAAUGUAUAAAGUGCUCAAGCUGCCACUUCCCGACACCGUCUUGGAAGGUGUGGGUGAAAGCCCCGAGCCUGUCCUGAUCUAUGGGGGGAGCACCGCCACCGGCACCCUCGCCAUCCAAUUUGCCAGGCUUUCGGGUCGAAAGGUCAUCACCACCUGUUCCCCCAGGCACUUUGGACUCGUCAAGGAGCGGGGCGCCGACAUCGUUUAUGACUAUCAUAUUCCCCAAGUCGGCACACAGAUCCGUCAAGUGACCGACGGCAAGCUCAAGGCUGUGUUCGACACCGUCUCCCUCGAUUCGUCCGCGGCCAUCUGUGCCGACGCAAUAGGCCCUGCCGGCGGGGUGUACUGCAACCUUCUGGGGGUGGACUGCCCGCGGUCCGACGUCCAGUCCGUCUUCUUCCUCGGAUAUUCAAUCUCGGGUGAAGCGUACAUUUUUGAAGGCCAGUCAUACGACGCCUCCCCAGAGGAUUUCAUCUUCGCCCGCCGUUGGUAUGAGAUCGCAGAGCGGCUCUGGGCUCAGGGGAAGUGGACUCCGCAUCCACAGCGCAUUGGUCCCGACGGUCUACUCGGUGCGCUGGCGGGGAUGCAAGAAUUGCGCCAGGGCAAGGUCAGUGGCGAGAAGUUGGUCUAUCGUGUCGACGAGACAAUGUGGCCCUAG